AUGAGCGAGCCAGAGCUUGAAAAUGACAACAACGAAGUCCGGGAUCGUUCCCGAUCUCGUUCCCGUAGUCCGCAUGCACGUCGUUUGUGGGUUCAAGACUUAUUCCUGAACCGAAACGAAACCGGCAACCGGCUACUGACCGACAUCACGACAUCGGGUAUAUACGAGACGAUGAACCGAUUUUUAAGGAUGAAGAAGGAAGAUUUCUUCCAUUUACUGUCCCUUGUUGGUCCAAAAAUUGCGAAAAUGGACACAGAUUUCCGCAAAGCAAUCACGGAACAGGAAAGGCUGCUGAUAACAUUGCGUUAUCUUGCGACUGGAGAGACAUUUACCAGCCUCCAAUACGUGUUCCGGGUGUCGAGGCAUUCUAUCAGCAGAAUAGUUAAAGAGACGUGCGCAUGUCUUAUCGAGGCUUUGCGGGAUUAUGUCAAGCUACCCUCUACCGAAGAAGAAUGGCUUGCAAUCUCAAGACGAUUUGAGCAGCGCUGGAGAUUUCCUCACGCAAUAGGUGCAAUCGAUGGGAAGCACGUUGAAAUUAUUUGCCCUCGUAAUAGCGGAUCCGAAUAUCACAACUAUCAAAAAUUUUUUAGUAUUAAAAUCUUGCUGACAUAA